AAUGGCAAAGCUGUUGCACUUUGACGCAGUUCUCUUCUAUCCUCUCUCUCAGUUUGGAUCACUGUUUUUGAGACCAUGAAGCUGGUGUACGUGUGCUGUUCUCUGCUGAUAAUGGUCUGGCAGGAGGUAGAGGCUUCUGGUAGUGGCCCUUCUGGGGUUCUAGACAGGGUGUCUGGAAGUUCCAGCUGCUCCCAGUUGAGACUGAAACCAGCUGGGCAGUGUGAAGAUGAGGAGUGCCCAUACCAGAUUCAAAUACCACCGCUGACCAUACAGCUUCCCAAGCAAUUCCGACUACUGGAGAAGACCAUGAAGGAGUUGCAAAGCUUGAAGGAGACAGUAAACAGGUUGAAGAGCUCCUGUCUAGAGUGCAGCUCGCAGCAAGUGGACCUCAACUUGCAAAAGGACAGUGGAGACCCUCCAACAAACAGCGCAGAGGAGAGUCGAGGGGAUACCAUCAAGAGAGUCUACCAGAAUGGGAACGACAGUGAUAAUAGCAUUAAUGUACAACAAAUGCAGGUAAAGAUGAACCGCAUGUCUAACAGCCUGAAGAACGCACGUGUGCAGAUUAACUCCCUUCAGGGACGUCUGGAGGAACUUAACCUCCUCAAUCUGCAAAAUGUGGAGGAUAUAGUGGACAGAAAAGUUGAGAACGUCACCAGGAUGGUCAUCAAAAUUGGCAGCACCUGCACCUCAAAUUGUACAGGUCAACAACAACCUCAACCCCUCUCAAAACUCACUCCGAGAGACUGCUCUGAUAUCAGCAUGCCGGGACAGAGGAAAAACGCGGUGUACCAGGUGACUCCUGACCCCAGACACGACAGCUUUGCAGUGUAUUGUGAGAUGGAGUCAUUCGGUAGUGGGUGGACUGUCUUGCAGCGUCGAAUCAAUGGCAGCGUGAGUUUCAACCGCACCUGGGCUGAAUACAAGAAUGGCUUUGGUAACCCUAAAGGCGAGUUCUGGCUUGGAAAUGAUAAAAUCCACUUGCUCACCAAAACCAAGGACAUGAUCCUCCGUAUUGAGCUUGAAGACUUUGAGGGCACACGUGGGUAUGCCAAGUACGAACAGUUCUAUGUGUCGAAUGAGUUCCUCAAUUAUCGGUUGUCUGUAAGUGGGUACUCGGGGACUGCUGGAAACGCUCUGCAAUUUAGCAAACACUUCAACCAUGAUCAGAAGUUCUUCACUACGCCAGACAGAGACAACGACUUGUACCCCUCAGGGAACUGUGGGGCGUACUACGGAUCGGGCUGGUGGUUUGAUGCCUGCAUGUCAGCAAACCUCAAUGGGAAAUACUACAAAGCAAAGUACAAAGGGAAGAGGGAUGGGAUCUUCUGGGGCUCGUGGCACAACCUGACUUCUGAGUACUAUCCAACAAACUACAGACAAACUUUUAAAAAUGUCAAAAUGAUGAUAAGGCCAAAAAAUUAUGCACCCUAAGCCAAAUUGUGUAUAAUUAAAGAAUUAUUUUGGGGGUACUGUUCCUCAACAAUAACUGUUAAAUAACCUGAUACAUCAAAAGUCCUCAGAUAUUAAAAAGAACUGCAUUAAAAAAUUUUUUUAUAAAGCUCUGUAUUUCAAAUAUAGGCAUAUAGGAAUACAAUCCAGCUUCUAUUCUAAAUACCAGGACUUUGAUUUAUGGUUUCACGUUUGUGUGUGUGUGUGUGUGUGCGUGCGUGCCUGCUACUGCCAUCUUGUGUUUAAUUAGUUUACUACACCAAAGCCUUUGUAGACUCCUGAUAAGCUUAUUUUUUUCUUUUGGUGGGAGUCAUGGGACAUAUUGAGCAUUUAUAUUACAGCCAUCCUGAUUUGCUGGUGGGAUUAGGGAGAGGGAGAGCAUUUAUGUCCUUUAAUGCAAAAUAAGUAAUGCAUUACUCCAUUUUCCUGUACGAAUGUUUCAAAAUUUAAAUGCAUAUAUUUACUGAAAGUUACUAUUUAAAAAAAAAAUGUUUUUAUAUAGAUGGCCUGAUAGCAAACAGACAUGGACUAAAGGCUCAUAGGGUUGUUAAAAAGAAACUGUGACAUUGAAGGAGGAAAUGUACAGUAUUUAUUUUCAAAGCAUCAGAUGAUUUCUUUUAAAGAAUAUUUUAAGUAUUGCUGUGUGACUAGGCAGGCCUUUAUGAAUGUUUUUUGCUGAGUUUUCUUAAGAGAAUGAAAUUAUUAGCCUACUUUUUCAGAAACUUUGUAUAUUGGAGAAUUUAUAUCAAACAUUUCAAAUUGUGCUUUUAAAGGUACAUUCAUAUUUUUUAUGAAACAAAUAAAACUAUAAUCAACAUUGA